AUCCACAUCUCACUUCCCCAACGCCAUCUCAUCCAUUCAUGUCUAAUCAAGGGACGACAAGCGCACUUCCAUCCAGGCAUGGUGCUGCGCCAACGACAGCUCUUAUGAUUUAGGCCACGAACCCAUGAUAAAAAGUGUUACCUAAGAUACGAGCGACUAGAUCUGGUCGACAGUUCGAACCAGACCACUGACCUCUUCACCAUGGCGACCGCCGCCGAGGCGCGGAAAGGUCCUGAUGAUGAGGGCACGAUCAACGUCGCAUCUAAGAAAGCCGCCAAAGUCAAACCGAGCGGCCCUAUAAAACUCAAGAAGCCCGCGCCUAAGCAUACGAAACCGGGCAACUGGAGGGAAGGAAGCGUAGCUGACAUUGAUAAGAAGCUUAAACGCACUGAUGAUGAUAAGAAACUCAAGCGCACCAACAGCCCCUCGGCUGCUACAUCAGCGAUCUCGCCACCUACGAGUCCCGUCGUCAACCUGCUCGAGGACGGUCCCCGCGAGACAUUUAUGAACGGCCGACCACUCGAGGACAACUUGAAUCUGCAGCAAUGCAAACUCUGCAAAAAGGGUGUUGUUAAGUCCGCCGCUAAAGGCCACGUUGAUAACUGCAUGAAAAUCAAGAAAGAGAAAGCGCAACGCAAGAAAGAGGCCAGAGAAGCCAGAGAACGUGCCAAGGAACAGGCUCGCGAAGAAGAGGCGCGAAAAGCCGACGAAGAUGGCGAUGGCAAGAUGAAUGAUGAUAGCGACGAUGAUGACGAUGGCUCGCCUGAAAAGAAGACUAAUGGCAAAGCCUCGAAGAAAGUGGGCGGCAAGAAGCCUGAUGGUGAGCUUAAGGGCAAGAAACGGAAGGCUGAUGGGGACGCCGACAAGGGACCUAAGAACAAGAAGAAGAAGGAAGAGCCUAAGCCUAAGGUCCCUAAACCAAAAGGACCCGUCGAUGUUGAAAAGCAGUGCGGUGUCCUGCUACCAAACGGCCAGCCAUGCGCUCGCUCCUUGACCUGCAAAAGCCAUAGUAUGGGCGCCAAGCGUGCCGUCGCAGGUCGUUCCCUACCCUACGACAUGCUACUCGCGGCGUACCAGAAGAAGAACCAAGCCAAGCAGCAGAAGGCGGCAUUAGAUGCCAACGCACCACUUGAAGAAGACGACGACGCGAACGGAGGACCAGUGGACUCGGACGAGGAAACCACGACGGUCAUGACGGCCUUGAAACGAUGGAAGGCGAGGCCGCCUUUACCGCAGCCGAUCUUCGAGCCCCUGAGACGCACGUAUAAUCUAGCGAGACUCCGCGAACAGUUACAGACGGCCACUAAUGGUGGGCGGACUAAUAUCUUCAAGGUUGUCGGCUUCGGCGUGCAAAAAUUCGCGGCAGCAACGGCGGACGUAAAUCCAGAUGUUGCUGCUGGUGGUGCGAUGGCGAUGGAUAUGGAUGCGCCUGGGGAACCGGAUGCCUCCUUACAUAACCAUGCGCAGCAGAGAUCGGCCAGCUUUAGUCUGCAGCAGGAUGUGUCGAGACGGCCGUCUGUUAGUGCGAGGGGUUAGCGAUGCGUUGAUUGCGGUGUGAUUUGCGAUGAUGUUUUAUUUGUGGGUGAAUUGGAAAUUGCAUGUAUAGCUGGCGU